GGCAAUAGCGCUCCCGGGUGGUGUGUGCAUAGACAGCCUGGUCCUGACAUGAGCCACUGGCUUCUAUGGAGUUUCGGCUAAUGUGGCGGCUAUGGGCUUUGGAGACCAAGGCUGAGAGAGGGGAGGCUGGUCGUGCUAGAGAGGUUUUGGAGACCAGUCUGGCGGGCAUCGGAUGCCUAAUUUGUUAUGUGUUAGUUAGUCCCAGACACCGAGAAUUGACAGACUCCUGUCUAGGAAUAUUUUUCCUUUAAUGAAAGGUAGCAUCGAAACAAUUAUCCUUUGUUGGAAUAAGUUUAGAUAGUGCACCUAUCUGGUGGGUUGUCUGCGGUUCAGAAUUUUCAGCCAAAUAUUAAUGACUAGGAGUCCUCCAUAAAGCUCACAGUAUUGGCUGUGCCCGGCUCCUAUAUCUUCUGGAAGUGCUGUCGUCUAUAUGUUAAUUUCCUUCUCUGGAGACCUUUUAGGCUGUUGGACUCCAGCGUCCAAACACUGAGAAGGAGUCACCCCCAGAGACCACCUCAUAUACCACAGCCGAUGCAAAAGCAUGAGGAUUUUAUUAAUUCUGUCAUGACAGGGUCCCCAGCAUUCGGGAAGCCGAGAUACCUUGAAUAGUUGGUACGGUCUACUUUUAAAGGGGCCACAGAAGCAAGUGGGGUUGUUCUUUGACUAUUCUGAUUGGCUUAUUUGAAAAGGCUAUUACCAAUAAUUGACUGGAGAGCUGUUGCCAGAUCAGAUGAGGUUCCUGACUGGCACCGACUAAUGACCCGCUCCUGGACCUGUUUGGCCAGGCAGACCCCUCAUCUCAGAGACUGUAAAAGGAUGAGUCCUUCUUUGUUUUGCAAACUGACUACAGUACCCAGUGGAGAGAACUUCCAAGAGUCCUCCUGUGUUAGACCCAAAACAUAUGUGCAGGAACCAGAGUACAGGACACAUCUUGUUCAGUGUCUUCAUGAGGAGCAGAAGACUUUUGUGGAUCCUAAGUUCACGUUGCUUGCAAACGUCAUCAGUUCCCUCCAGGACAUGGGUUUUGAUGAAGCCCAUAUUAACAGCUUGCUCAGUAUACAGCCAAGCAUCUAUCCUCAACAGCUGCUGGACAUAAUUUCAGAAUUUCUACUCUUGGGAUUGCACCCAGAACCUUUAUUUAUGGCUUUGAAGAAAAGUCCACAGUUACUGAAACUGUCUCCAGUGCAAAUGAAGAAGCGGUCCAGUUACCUGCGGAAGCUUGGCCUUGGAGAAGGGAAACUGAAGAGAGUGCUGCACAGUUGCCCUGAGGUUUUCACCAUGCGCCAGCGGGACAUUGAUGGUGUUGUGAGGGUCCUCAAGGAGAAGUGCAUGUUCACAGCACAGCAAAUCACUGAGCUUUUGCACAGGUGCCCAGGCGUUCUUCAGGCAGACCCCAGUGAGCUAGAGUACAAAUUCCAGUAUGCAUAUUUUAGGAUGGGACUUAAGCAUCUGGACAUAGUCAAGAAUGAUUUCUUACAGUAUUCAAUAACCAAGAUCAAGCAGAGACACAUGUACCUGGAACGUCUUGGACGGUACCAAACCCCUGAUAAGAAGGGACAGACACAGAUCCCUAACCCUUUACUGAAGGACAUUCUCAGGGUUUCUGAAGCUGAGUUUUUGGCCAGGACAGCACGUUCCUCUGCCAAGGAGUUUGAGGUUUUUAAAAAGCUCUUGGAUAGAGAAGAAGAGGAAUCUGAGAGCCAUGCAUCGGAGGAAGAGGAGGAGGAUGAGGAGGAGGAGGAAGAUGAAGAGCAGCUGUGAUGGAGGAUGGGACAAAAGGGUCCAGAGAUGCCGGAGAUCAUUCCCGUGUUCUCAAAGCUUUGGGGCGAUCACCUGGAUCUUCGAGUAUUUUUCAUACUAACACUGGUCAUUUGAUAGAAAAAAAAAGAAACUGUUAUGAUCCACUGGAGAGAUGUAGAUACAUCAAACCAAAUAGGAGAUGCUUUGUUGCAGUCUAGUGGCUUCUGUGGUGGCCCACUACAUCCUAAAUAAAGGACUCAGCUGUUAAAAUCCA